GUUAAGACAAUGUCCCAGUGUGGUUACAAACUUGAUUGAGCUCUGUGCAGUCGUGACAUGUACUGCUAUAAAACAAGGAAGCUAGUAUAAACAAGCCAACGAAUGGAGACAAUAUACGGGUUACUCGGCCUGGAGUGGAUAGACGCCUGGAGUAUUUUGAUAUUUCUGUGCGUUUUCCUGCUGUUGGCUGAUGUUUUGAAGAACAGAGUGCCGUCAGACUUUCCUCCUGGACCGUGGGCUCUGCCUUUGAUUGGUGAUCUUCAUCGCAUUGAUCCCACCAGACUUCACCUGCAGUUCACAGAGUUUGCAGAGAAAUAUGGAAACGUUUUCAGCCUUCGCAUCUUUGGUGGACGGUGUGUGGUUAUUAAUGGCUAUAAACUUGUGAGAGAAGCCCUGGUCCAAAGAGGAGAGGACUACACAGAUCGUCCCAUCAUACCACUGUUUGCUGAUUCAGUUGGGAAUAGAGGUCUUGUGUUAUCAAAUGGUAAUCCAUGGAAGCAGCAGAGGAGAUUUGCUCUUCAUACUCUCAGAAACUUUGGUUUGGGCAAGAAAACUCUGGAGCCAUCCAUCCAGCAGGAGUGCCGAUAUCUCACUGAGGCUUUCGCAGUUCAUCAAGGAAAACCCUUUAAUGCCCUGCCACUGAUAAACAAUGCUGUGUCCAACAUCAUCUGCUGCUUGGUGUUUGGGGAUCGAUUUGAGUACACUGACGAGCACUACAAGUCUAUUCUUCAGAACUUCAGUGAUGUAGUGUCCUUACAGGAAAGUUUGGUGAUACAGAUUUACAACGCAAUGCCCUGGCUCAUGAAGUGGCUGCCUGGACCUCACAAGAAGAUACUCACUCUGUUACAGAAGAUUAUUGACUUCAUCGAAAUCAAGAUCAAGGAACACAGAGAAAACCUUGACCCCUCCUCACCACGAGAUUACAUCGAUUCCUUCCUCAUAGAAAUGGGAGACAAGGAAGACAAAGAUUCUGGUUUUGAUUUAAAAAAUUUGUGUAUUUGCACCCUGGACCUGUUUGGUGCUGGAACUGAAACUACUACUACUACUUUACGGUGGGGACUUCUAUACAUGAUCUACUAUCCUCACAUACAAGAGAGAGUCCAGGCUGAGAUAGAUGCUGUGGUUGGUUCAUCCAGACAGCCCUCUGUGACUGACAGAGAAAACAUGCCCUAUACUGAUGCAGUCAUCCAUGAGAUCCAGAGAAUGGGCAACAUCAUCCCACUUAAUGUGGUCCACAUGGCAAACAAGGACACCACGUUCGACAAGUACACAAUUCCAAAGGGCACCAUAAUCAUACCCACACUGCACUCGGUCUUACAUGAUGAGUCGAUGUGGGAAACUCCACACUCCUUCAACCCUCAACACUUUCUGGACCAGGAUGGUAAAUUUAGGAAGAGAGAGGCUUUCCUUCCCUUUUCAGCAGGUAAGCGCGUGUGUCUUGGGGAACAGCUGGCCAGGAUGGAGUUAUUCCUAUUCUUUACCUCCGUCCUUCAGAGGUUUACCCUCUCGCCACCUGCUGGAGAGCAGCCCACUCUGGAGUCCAGGCUGGGAGGCGUUCACUGUCCCAAACCUUAUCGUUUAUGUGCCAAACCACGAUAAACCACUAACUGUCCCAAACUGAACCAAGUUGGAGUAAAACACAAUGUGGAAGUAGGCUACUUUUCUUCCUCUCAAUCAGUCAGCCUUUACAAUAAACUUUUAUGCAUUGAAUUAAACUACUGUAUUCAAAUAUGCAAAGAAAAUCCUAAAAACAUUCAGAUUUUUUUUUAUCACUAGGAGCUAUUUUCCCACUGCACAUUGUAUUUGUCCAACUUUCUAAAACUUGAUGUGUGUAAAUUAAUAAGAUUGAUGUUUACUUCAUGCAUCUCAUUCAGACCUGUACAUGUUCACAUGGUGGUUUCAGUCUGUGGUUUGGGAGGUGAGAAAAACAGUCAGUGAGAGAAUACCAUGCCCCCAGGCUGGGUGCUGUUUAUCAGCCUGACAAUGUGCCAUAUCUGUUGUUGUAAAGGAAUUUAUUUAGUUUGUAGUAAACCGGAUAAUCAGUUUAUGUGAUGUUUGAAGUUAGUGUAACAGAAAUCGUCAAUAAACAAUUACACCUGCA